AUGGCCUCCCCAAACGCCACACCUAGCCCGGUGAAACUUGGGACCUGGCCAUUUCUGGGCGAGAAGAGGAAGAAGGCUAGUGGAUUGUACUGGAACGAAGAUAUGGAAACUGUUCAAACCAUUGUAAAUCUUUACUUCCGCGGAGCGAAUGAGGCUGCGCGGAAAUCUCCCAUUGCCAUUCGACAUACCGUACAUAGCAUGGGUAGACGAGACGAUACCUACGGACUAAAACGAGCCCCCAGCACGGGCCGAUGA